AUGAGCGUCGAUGCAAGUCGAAAGAGAUGGCGUACUCUGCUGAACGUCCUUGGAGCAGGCGCAGCAGCUGUGGGUUCAGCUUAUCUUAUCUAUAGGUUUUACAAGAGCUCAACACAAGAGAAGGAAACUGCCGAAGUUUCGACGGACCUUGCUCCUCUCCGAGAUGCAGUUGGCUCGGCAGAAAGACAGCAUGCAAACUCAGAGCAGGAGAAACCCAGCAGACCUGGAGGAGGAGCUGGAGGAGGAAGAGCGGGAACAGAGCCGGCUGGGCACGUACUCUCGACCCCGAAGCGAGAUACCUGGCGAGAUGCCGGAGUAGAACAGGCGGGUCAGUCGCCACAGGCAAACGGGCUCGUGCAGUCGAUGCUGUCGCAGGAGACUCUCUUCACUCCGCUCAGACAGCGCGAGUCGUACUACACCAAGUUCCUGGCAGAGCGAGGAGAGAACCUGCCUGAGGACGAGCUGAAUCGAUACCGGCGGCAGUUCGGGCUCGUGAAGAAGAUCUGCGAAGUGCUAGAGAAGGAGCCCUUCGACGUGAACAAGCUGCUGUACUUGAUGCAGCUGCUGCAAGACAGCGGAGACCCUCCACCAGAUGUCAACUCUCUCACAGCUGCACACUGA